AUGACUAUUAUUACAAAUUACAUCUGUUCAGAGAUAGAUCUCCCUAUGUGUAAAUACAUUAGUGACAGUGUCUGUAGAUGCUCUAGUAGAUACGAAAUGAUAGGAAAUCUUAAAAUUUAUUCACCUACUUUUUUGGGUCUAACUCUUUCAAAUAUAGGCAUGAUAUAUUGGAUGGUAGAACAUGUAAAGAAGAUGUGUUCUACAAUUGGUAGAUCAGAGAUGAAGUUCUUCUACUAUUUAUACGCUCUAUCUAAUUUUCUUAUGUUAGUCUUAGUAUCUUUAAAAGAUCAAAUUGAAAAAAUCCACUUUAUUCUUACGACUAUUCAAUCAGUUGUGUCUACCAUGUGUGUCUUUUCUUUAUUGGUAGGCUCUUUUACACAAGAUAUGUUUGUGGGUAAGUGGGGUAUACAAAGUACAUCUAUUUUAUAUUUAUCAACAGCGAUAUAUGGAUUUUUUAGUACAAUAGUCGUGUUCUUUGGUCUAUUUUGCAAGAUUUCACUUCCUAUUUUUUUAAUUUGUUUUAUAUUGAAUUUUAUAUUUGGAUAUUCGUAUUAUGUCAUACAAUUUAGAAAGCUUAAUAAAAUAAGAGGAGAAAUAUGGGCAUAUGGUACAAUAUUAAUAUCAUUAAUAUUCUUUCUACUAUCAUGUGCAUGUAUGUUUAUUAAUUCUACAUUUAUAGCAGUAUUAAGUGAUAAAUAUAUUGAUAACCUAUUCUUUCAUUGUCUAUUUCUCUUCUGUGCAGUGGUUAUGAUUCAUAAGUUCUGGUUAUCAGUGUGUGAUUAUGAGGUAGAAUGUUUAGUAUUAGAUGUUUAA